ACUGCUUUACUCAAUUUGAUGUUGCAUUCACUUCCCUACACAAUUAUACCUACAGCAACAGCAACUAGCGCUUUCUAUAUCACUGCUUUUUCUUCUUCCCCCACUGUUUAUUUUUUCUUUUUAGGAAAGAAAACGUAAAGUUGACGCUUCUCUAUGCCACUCUAUCUAAUCUCUAAUCACUCUAAAAUGUCAUGGUGAUACUACCUUACUUCCUUACUUCUAAAUCUUUACUUUAUCUCUCAACCUCUCUCACUCCUCAUCUUCUCUUUUGAUUCUUCUUCACUCUUCAAACCUACAUUCUUUUAUCUUUCUUUCUUAUAUACCUUUAAUUUGAAGCUAUUAAAGAAGGGAAGCCAUGAAAGAUAGAGGGAAAGCUGUGGAAGUAUACAACAAUGAACUGUUCUCAGAUUAUAGUUGUUCAUCGGAUCUUCCUUGCAAGAAACAUCCACAGUCUUCUUCCGUUGGUAUAUGUGCUUAUUGUCUUAAAGAUCGUUUAGUGAAGUUGGUGUGCUCAGAUUGUGGAGAGCAGCGUCUUUCUUCAUGCUCUUGCUCUGAGAUCUCCUCCAAACGGAAUUCUUGCACUGUUGACGUAGGCAGUGUUGGUCGUGUCUCAUUUCUCAUUGAAAAUGACAAGCAAAAUGAAGUGGUUUCAUCAAAUCAAAACUCUAAGCCCAGAAACAGUACUGGAGAGAAACCAGAAGAAGUUAUCUUGCUCAAGAGAAGUAACAGUAGCUGUGUUGAGAUCAAGAAAAAGAAUGGGUUGUGGAGAAUCGGAAGGUUGUUUAGGAAGAAAAGAGACAAAGAUUGUGGCAAAAGUGUCGGUGGAUGUGAUGAGAAAAGUGAUUUAUGGGUUGUUGAUUAUAUGGGUACUGUGUCAAGGUCCAGGUCUCUUUGUAGCUUCAGGGGCGGUGGGCUUUUGGGGUCAGAAGACGGUGGUGAUUUGAUGAGUUAUUCUGGAGCUCGGAGUUCUAUUUCAGCUGCAAGGAGUUCUGGAGUCAACGCGGGUCUACUCUUUGAUCCAGAGAGAAGAAGUGGCUUCAGUGAAGCUGAGCCAAGAAAAAGUGGGUUUGAUAGUUCAAGGAGGGAUAGUUCAGCAGUAGAAUCUGAUCAAUUUGGUAGUGAUUUUAAGGGUAUGAGAAAGAGUAGUCUUAUGGAGCUUGACGGUGGUGGUGUUAAUGGUGCUAAUAGACGUGUGUUUUCACUUAAAGAGAGUUACUUUACUGGUGGGGAAGAUUCAGGUUUCAUUGAUCUGAAAUUUGAUUUUCCAUCAGAAUCUAAAGGGGAUCAUCAUGCUGGGAAAAUGGGAGUUCUGUCAGAUUCAAACUCAGCUUUUGGCAGCAUGAGAGGUGGUGAUCAUCAGUUUUUGUCACAUGAUCAAAGUGGAGGUUCCUGUGGCGGUGGGGAUGCGAUGUUGUGUCAUGGUGGUUCUUGUAGAAUUACAGUGAAUGAAAGAGGGAUAAAAAAGAGCAGGAAAAGUUUCAAAGGUUGGAGAUGGAUUUUCAAGCAACAUCCAAAUUGGAUUAGUGGUAGGAAGAAAGAUCAUGAAGAUCUUAUGGUCAAUCCAUCAUAA